AUGGCCCAGUUGUUGACCAAGACUCUGGAUUUGGCCGGGAUUGUGUACCCGUCGAACACACAUUCCUCUCUUUAUAACCUUAGGAUGAUUGGGAUCGGCGGGUGUAGCCUCAUGGACUCUUUGAUUACGAGCUUUAGUUUGUGCGUGAGAUCGUGUUCCUCGAUUGUUGGGUCCUUCUGGAAGGCUUGUCUGAUUUCGGCCUGUGCCUUGGCCAUGACUCUAGGGUUUCGCAUGAGCUCGACCAUUGUCCAGUCGAUCACGAUCGAUGAUGACUCAGUUUCGGCUGAGAACAAGUCCUGCAAUCGGCGCACGAAGCAAUUUUAA